AUGCUCCGUUUUUUGCUGCUCGCUGGAGCACUGCUGUUGGCCUCAGUUGCCCAGUGCGACGUUACCGAAUCAACUCGACCAUCACUAACUAAUGCCAGCCGAAUUCUCGACUCAAUCAACAAAGACUUGGAGGAGAUCAAGCGAACUCUGGCUCAGGCGCAGGAGAAUCGAAGCCGACCACUGACUGGUGAACCGUUGAGCAUUGCCAAGACACCACAACUUUCAGGGCACUAUCUAACUCUUGAGCAGGAGAACACAGACCGACCAUGGGUUUCGUGUGCAGCUCCAACUGACGAUGACAGCAUCUACAAGUACAGUAUUCCCUACCUCAACCAGAGUCUUGGUCUUCUCGACUUUUCUCAGUUUCGCGGCAAGCCCCUUCUGCUGGUCAAUGUAGCCACCUUCUGUGAGUCCACUAUUGAGUAUCCGCUGUACAACCAGCUCAAGGACAAGUUUGGCGAUAAGUUGAUUAUUGUGGCUUUCCCUUCUAAUCAGUUCGACAACCAAGAACCCACUUCUGAUGCUGAGGAAAUCUUUAACGCCAUCAAGUACGUCCGUCCAGGCAAAGGAUUUGUGCCGAAAUUCCCUCUGACCAAACGAAUUGAUGUCAAUGGCGAGAACCGUCAUCCAAUCUACUCUUUCCUAAAGCGGUGCUGCCCAUCGACUCGAACUCGAUUUAGCGCCAAGGAAGAGCUGCUUCUCUACAAGCCUAAAAACUCGCGUGACAUUCGUUGGAACUUUGAAAAGUUUUUGAUAUCUCCUCGAACUGGCUACCCUGUGAAGCGAUACGAUCAGAAAUUCCUUCCUGACCGCUUGAUUCCCGAUAUAGAGGCACUCAUUGAGGAAGCUAAACGCGUCUAA